GGUUCAAAAUUCCUUUGCGAAUUUUGCCGGCUUUCGUUUCGGCGUUGUUUUGUUUUUCUCUGGAAACUGAGUGCCGGCUGCCAAGAUGAUGCAUCUGGAGCGGUAUGUGACGAAGAUAAAGCCCGCAAUGGAGGGAUUCAUCAAGGAGCCCAGCAAGGACACGCUGUCCCAGGUGGAGCGCGAGAUCGAGGGAUUCAACUUUGGCGAAAUGCGCAUUUACCAGGUGCAAACGGUGGUGCCCCUGGUCCUCAAACUGGACGAGUUGACCGGAGAGCACCAGGAGCUGCGCACCAGGGUGAUGAACUGCCUCGGCAGCAUUGUGUCCCAAACUUACUUGGCGGAUGAGAAGGGUCUGCGCUCCAUCCUGGUGGUGGUGCUGCAACAGGUACGGGACUCCAAGGCGGCCGUCAUGCGGCCCAAUCUCUCCGAGGAAAUCAAGCUGGCUGCCAUUAAAUGCAUCUUCGAGGCACUGCGUCGCUCCACUACCGAUGUGCUGGAGGCGUUCUACGUCAAGGAGACUGCAAUGGUUGUUGGACAGAUACUGCUCAUGCUCCUGGAGAUCAUAGAGAAGGAAAGGUAUCGAAAACUCGUCCAGAGCGCCAUUCAGUGCCUAAUGGUGGUUUUCUACGUUCAUGACGAUUCCGAUCAAGCGGAUGUGGUGUUGCGCAGUCAGGUAGCCGAUACCAUAUUCAUUUUCCUUCCCAAGGUUCUUAUUGUGUUGUUUAAAACAUCAAUGAAAGACGACACGGUGGGCGAGACCAUUAAAUCGAUGGCCAUUCAAGCCCUGGGCCGUAUCGUUUGCAUCAUGUUCGAGGAAACCACUGAGGAGUUCAUGAAAAUGCGCUACGAUGUGGAUGCGUUUAGAAAACUAUUCAAUAACUCCACUGACAAUAUGACAGAGAAAUGUGAUUUCACCUUUUUUGGCAGCAAAAAGGCCACCCCCGAACAGAAUGAGGAGCGACUGCAUCAAAUGCAAACGGAGCCCCGAUCAAUCCAUUGGGUGGCGGCGACGUCUCGACGUCUCCGGCCCAUCUUUGUGGAGACCAGUAUUCUACGGGCACACAGCGCCCUGAGAGUUAGGGAAAGCUACACCGACAUGUGCUGCCUGCUGCUCAAGCACUGUGCCCACAACCUAAGGGGCAACUUCGUGCACGUGCUGGAGAGUGUGCUGGCCCUGUCAGAGGAUGAGAACGAGAAGAUAGCCCUGCGGUGCAGGGAAACCCUGGAUCUGCUGCAGCAGCAGCCCAGCAGCCAGGGCAUCUUCGACGAGAAUGCCGAAAUGCUGUUGGAUGCACACCUUAACAAAUGGCCACGCAUCCUGCAUCGCGGCGAGGACAACGAACAGUUCGCGGAGCUACUCUUCUUCAAAGGAUUCCUGCGCAACGUCAAUGCCGAUAAGUUGCAGCUGCUGCUUCUGGUCCCCAAAAACCUGGAGAUGUUCGUCACAUGUGUGCUGACAGCUCUGGACCAACGGCCCACCAGGGAUCUUCUAAACGAGGAGUAUUCCCUUCGUCGUAUUCGAGAGGGCGAUUCCAAAGGUCUUGCCGCAGAACUGGCCAAGCUGCCUUGGCGUCAGUUUAAGUAUCUCGCCUCGAAGCGCACUGUCGAUAUCCUAUAUGAAAUUGGAGCCUUGUUGGGGGCACAGCCUUCUCUAAAUCGGCUUAUCUUCGAUCAUUGCCAAGAGCUCAUUCAGCAAAGAUCGUCCUCCAUGAACGAGUGUGUGAUGCUUCUGACUUUGAUGGUUACACCGCAGGAGAAGAAGGCUCGAGAAAGUCGAUUGGUACUGGCCAAUCUUUUCUUGGACCAGAUCCUUCGCGACGAGCAUUGGAACCUGGCCCUUCAGCCGGAUUCAGCGUGGCGGCUCAAGGUCAACAAGCCCUCCCACUGGUUUGAGGAACGUACUCCUGGCCUCUACUCAUCGGCCGUGGAGGUGCGCACCCAAGACUGCGAUUCCGACGACGAAGAGACAGAGGCAGUCGCCAGUCGGGUGACCAUUGCAGACGCCCAGUUCAAUGUGCUGCACACCUGCUUGAUUUUGGAUGCAGUGGGUCACUGUGCCAGGUUCAUUGGAGACACCUUCGACAGGCAUAUAUUUUUGAGUUUACACAAAGUGCUGCUCAAGGUGGCCAGCAGUAACACCAUUGUCCACCAGGCGGCCAGUUUUGCGUUCGUUUCCAUGCAGCUAGCCCUGAGGUACGCGGAACCCUCACACUUCAUAGAGUGCUCCACGGACUACAUCACCUUCCACCUAAACGCUUUGCUGAAACGGUCGCCGGAUAGCCCCGCUGCAGUAGACAUUCUAACAGUGGUGCUGCAAUACAGCACUCGGGGCAAUGUGCCCCACCUGGACAGCUUAUUCCAGACCAUACGUGAGGAGUGUGCCAAAUCGCAUCAGUCAACCAAUGUCCACUCUUAUCUGCGUGUCUUCAAGGCAUUCCUGAAUCAUGUCUCCUCUUGGCAAGUAGAUGCCGCUAAGGAGGUCCAUUUAGAGCUCCCUAUGCAAGUGGAUGAGGAGCAGAGUGUUCUAAACACGUGGAAGAAUGUUCUCAAGAGGCCGCAGUUAGUGGGAGAUCUAAAUGGCGAUGCAGACAUGACAGAGGAGCCAGCUCAGGAUAAGGCUGAAGAUGCAGAUGACACGGAAGCGCAACCCGCAAAGCCUGUCCUACCGCGCCAUGUGGAAAUGGUUAAGGACAUUUUGGGUCAAGUAAUCAAGUUCAUUUCCACCGAUAAUCAGGCACAGCAAAUUGCAGCUCUUGAAUGCUUCUCCAGUGGCUUGCCGCUGCUGGCGGACUAUGAGAACGAGCUCCUGCCACUAGUGCAUCUAGUGUGGCAACCUCUGGUCGAGAAGUUCCGGCAGAAGGAUGCUUUGGUGCUCAACCGAUGCUUCACCUUGCUGCACCUGCUGGGAGUUCACGCCAAGGACUUUAUACUGAAACGAAGCCUCAGCGAUGUGAUACCCCAGUUGAAGCAGUUCCUUAAGGCAGCUAGCAUGCACAGCAGCAUGGAAACGCCAAAAGCCCAGACUCAGGAGUACAAACUGCAGCUGAAGCUCUUAACGAGCUUGGCGGACUUCAUACUCGGCCUGCAGAUAGAGGGAAAACAUCUGCACGACGUGAUGACCGUGGUGGUGCUUUAUCUGUCGCAGGCACAACCGCAAGAGCUGCAGACACCGGCGAGGGAGUUUUUCCACCAGAUGGCCACAUACAACGGACCCUUCGUCUAUGUGACGCUACUGCAGCGGGCCCAUCUCAAGGACUACGAGGCUAAUGUUAACCUUAUCUUCGGGGUCAUGGGCUUUAGCAUGGCAAGUGAACUGGACCUUGAUUAAUAAAAAACAGACCUUUUUUAUUAUUUCUCAA